GAUCGUUGCAACUAUGUUCAUAUUUGUUCAUAUUUAUUCUGGUUUCAUGCAUAACAAACGAGUGUAAAAAUAUGUAUCGUUUUUAAAGUAGUUUCGAAACGCUGAACAUAUUUCUUGCAUUGUUUGCAAUUCAAUAUAUUUCAUCACUAUGGACAACAUAUUUGGAAAAGAAGAUUCUGGAAAUGAAAGCGAACAUGUAGAUAUUGAUGAGAAAGAAGAAAAAUGUAGCCCCUCUCAUCAUUUUCGAACCAAAGAUGUGGAAUCCAUGGAUGGUGAUAAUAUACAUGUUAAGGUAGAAUCUGAUGCAAUGAGUUCGCAAUCUCAAUCUGAUGUGGAAGAAGCAGGGUGUAAUUUGUUGUCUACAGCAGUAGAGGAUAGACUGGAAACUGUGAAACGUGAACUUGAAAGUAGGGAAGAAGAACAAAACGCGGAAGAUAUAUUUGAAAAUGAUAUACUAUUACCUCAUGCAAAUCCAACAAAUGUUAAGGAAAGAAGAGAAAGUAAAGAGAAGAGCAAGAAGGAAUUGGAAGAGGAAGAAAGAGAAAAAAUGCAAGUAUUAGUCUCGAAUUUUACAGAAGACCAGUUAGAUAGAUACGAAAUGUAUAGAAGAGCUGCUUUCCCGAAAGCAGCAAUAAAAAGAAUCAUGCAAACUAUAACAGGCUGCUCUGUGUCUCAAAAUGUAGUUAUUGCCAUGUCUGGUAUUGCAAAAGUAUUUGUUGGAGAAAUAGUAGAAGAAGCUCUUGACGUUAUGGAAGCUCAUCAGGAAACAGGACCGUUACAACCGAAACAUUUAAGGGAAGCAGUUAGAAGAUUAAGGCUUCAAGGGCAAAUUCCAAAUGGUCGUGCUCACAAGGCAUUCUUCCGACUGUGA